AUGGCCUGGAGGGCCUGCGGCAUCAGCUAUGUCCGAUACGCCGCCGAAAUGGCGGAGCUACUAAGGAAGCCAAAGAUUCGAUUACCUGGUGGUGAGGCUGCAGCAGCAGCUGCAGCAGGAGCAGUUGCACCGGCAGAAGCAGUGGCAGUAGCAACUGCAGCAACAGCUGCAGGAGCAGCGGCAGUUGCAGCAGCAGAAGCAGCUUCAGCUGCAGGAGCAGCUGCAGCAACAGGAAUAGCUGCAGUAGCAGGGGAAGAUGCAGUAGCAGGAGCUGCAGUGGCAGCUGCAGCAGCAGGCGCAGCUGGUGCAGCAGAAGCAGCUGCAGCACAAUGA